UGGUGACCAAAUUCGUACAAAGUAAGGGGUCUGUACCUAACAUGAAAACGUAUUUGCACGCAUGUCCGGACACCGACCUUGGUUGAAAGGUCCCGCUCUCUUGACCAACCCUCCCGUGAUCAGAAAUUCACUCGUAGAACUACGUACGCUCUUGUUGUCAAAAGAUUUGAUGAAUGUCUAAGCGCUUAAUCUGAACAAAAUGAUUGGGUGAAAAUAAAGUCAUAAAUUUGAAUUCUGCCGUCUCUUUCGUGGCGCGCUCACAGGCGAGCUGUUGGCACUCCCUGUAGCCUUGUAGCGAACAGCUGACGGUGACAGUACUGGCCGGGCCGUGGCGAGCCCAGCCACUCUUGCGUGUUGACUAAUCGUCAAAAGAGGCCGUGGAGCAAAGGCCUGGCCUGUGUGCUGAGCCCGUCGUGGUACCAGUCACUUUCGAAAUUCGAAAGCUGCGAUGCGACCGCAACUCAGUGCCCCGUGGACGGUACAUUUUCAUGGAAAGUUGUGUCCGAAAUGAGUUCGCGUGUGUGCGCCCGUGUCUAAAAGGAUUUGUUUGUGGAAAGUGAUGGGUGGAAACAGUGAAAGUGCAGAGUGAAGUGAUACAGUGAUACUUCUGCUUGCGUGUCCGUCUGACAGCAGUGCAGUUGAUUGGUGUGCGACCUUCCUCUCUGUUAGUGUUGAGCAUUCAAUGUUUAGCCUAAAUGGCCUCAGCGGACCUGAUGGACUGGAAACUUGUGGAAGUGCCAUCUAGCAGAUUGGUCAGGUUAAAGCAUGAGCAGAGAGUACUAUGUGCAGUGUUCACCAUUUGCUGUUCAAGCUACACCUACGGGUAGGGGGCACACCUACCUUGGAAUGGACUGUGGUUCAGAGCAAAGCAGCUCUGGACUCCACCACCUCAUGAAUGAACAAGCAAAGUCCCUUGCUGCCCUACAUGAAUUACAGAAUGAGGUCGGCGCAUUGCUUGAGUUUCGUGAUCUCGUCAUUGAGACAUUCCCCCAUCUUCGUAGUAAGAUGGCAUCACAGCCAAGUAGUUCGGGUGCGCUUUCGAGCUCCAACACAACACCCAACUCUUCCAGCGCUGGAAUGUCACAUAUACCAGUGCCCACCACUCGAAGAGAGUGGGAACCAGGCAUCAGGGUCAAGAGGAAACUCGGCAAUAAGGAUAACGAAGCAAACUCCAGCUCCUUAACAUCCAGUCGAAGUAGAAGCAAUAGUCAAGGCUCCAAGUACCAAACAUCUCAGCUCAUGAAUGGCGCCAGCACAAGUAAUGGCAGUGGCAGUAGUUCGACUGGAAGCAGUGCGAUUCAAGACUCUGGAUUUGGUACGGAAAGUAAGGAGCAUUACUCAGCCUCUAGUAGCUCCAGCCAAAAGGGCGGUGGUGUCAGCGUCCCUUGUGCGGAAGAUGAGUUAUGGAACUUGCUGGAUGUCAUUCAUCGGAAAGGCACUAAAUUGCGGCAGGAAGUGGAGCAUCUACAAACACGCCUCCAGGAUAGAGAUAUCCAUUCUGAGAGGUCUAGAGAUCGGGACAGAACAAGAGCUCGAAGUUUGGGGAGUGUUCCAUGUAGUGAUAGUUCCAGAGAUCUGAGAACUCAACCUUUGCACUCCAGGGAGAGACUGUCCAGGAGUGUGGAGAGGUGCUUUGUAGAUGAUGUUGAUGAGUAUUUAGACCGAGAAGAUCUUGGAGAUGAAGAUUCCCGUGACAGUGUGGAUUAUCGUACACAGCGGUUGCUGGAACUGGGUCGUGAAGAAGUGCGCACUUUGCGAAGAGAGAGAGAUCUUCUCCUUGACCGCUUGGCUGAAAUGGAAGCUGAAAUGUUGGCCAGCAGAGCUCGUGCUUCUCACCUUAAAAAUGAACUAGGUGCCUUAUCAUGUGCGAAGAGGGAGGUAGAAGAUCGAUUGCAGUCUGCCAUAUCCGAAAAAACUGAACUGAAUUCAAGAAUACAUGACUUACAUCUACAAUUUAGAAAAAACCCUGGGGCUAGUGUGAAUGGUAAUUUAGUAAAGCCUGUGGCUGUUCCAUCACCUCAACGAGCUGGUGCUGUCUCCCAGUUUGUCUCUAGUCAGCCUGUCAAGCAAACGGAAUCUUCUUGUUUCACCCCAGUUUUAUCUUCCCAUACUCCGUCUGAAGACAAAUACAGGGAACCAAUUAGUCAUAUGCGGUUUCCGAAGAACAAUAGUGUGGAGUCUAAUAAUGGCUUCAUUACAUCUUCCAAAGUGUUUCAGACUGUUGAGAGGCCUGGAAGUGGUUCUGCUAAUAGUGAUUGUACCAGUUAUAGUGAAUCUCAGCACACCCGCUCAGAGUUCAUCGGUAGAAAUGUCAAAUUGGGAGCACUGGAUGGUAUCAUAAGUUGUCCCAGUGAUAUUCCAAACUUUGUUCGUGGUGUGGCACCAGAUGUUGAACGCAUUGCUGCUGUACUGAAGGAAACUGACCAUGUGGAACUCCAGCGCCAUUUGCUGACAAGUAUGGCAGAAAAUAAAGCUCUCAAACUUAGAAGUGUAAGCGAACAAAGGAUUAGGGAAGGAUUGGCUCAUCAACUAGACACAACUCGAGAAGAAAAUGACGAUUUAAAAUUCCAGCUGGAAGAAAGAAACAUAGAGUUGGAAGGAACAAGAGCAAGAGUUCGUGUUCUUGAGAAGAUCCAUCAUGUUACUUUGCGGACUGAUUCACCCAUUCACAUAAAACCCAUGAUUCAAAAUAUUCAAACUGGUGAUGAGACGAACAAUCAACAGCACAGUAGCAGCACAGAAUCAGCUCAUGAUAUUGAGGGUCAAAGGGCCCCGACAACAACUCCAGCCGCUUCCCCAACUAACUCUCAUACCUUGUUCCCCAAAGCCCCAAUCUCCCCUCGUCGCCGUCCAAGCAAAAUUCCACUAGUUAAAUCGUACUGUGCUCCAAAACCACCGGGAAGUAAAGGCUCUCAAGACGGUGCUUCCAACAGCACUGGCACCAGCAUGAGCAGCACCGGCAGAGAUACACUGAAGAGGAGGAAGGCAGGCUCGUCCCCUGCUUCUCGUGGAACUUCGAUACCAGACGGAACCAUCUCCUGGAGGCAACGGCGUGACAGCAGCCCGUCCCUCGGGCCGGGGACAGGGACUCGGAGUCGGGACUCGCUGAGCUCUGGCGGCGUCGGCCGCAGCUCGUCCAUUCAUCACGGCAGCAGGGAGUCGCUGGCCGGGCCGCGGUCUCGCAGUACGCCUGCAAGGAACGAUGGCACGUUAAGUAAGACACCUUCUCUCGCAUCCUCUUCCUCUCUAAGUCGGCGCGAACUUGCCAAAUCUAGGGAUUCUGUACAUUCUUCCCCUGGCGGUAGGAAAUUUCCCACCAGUCAAGUACGAAGGAGUAAUGUUAGUGGUUCGUCUGUAAGUCGCACAAAUUUAAAUGAUUCCGAGCAGUCCAAGGCCCGCUCCAACAGAUUGUUCUCCUGGGGUAACUGGUGGAAAAUUGGGAUCUUAGAUAGUCCAUCGUAAUUUAUUAAAAUGCUCAGCAAACUUUGUAACUUAAAAUGAACAAUGUUGGAAACUUGAUUGAAAACUUGAUUAAUGUUAUUUCUAUGCUUUUACACAACUUUCCUUCCAAUGGAAUUAUUGACAUUAGUUUUCACAAGCAUGUUCUGCAAGUUUCUUGCAGGUUUAAUAUAAUUGGUGCUAAUGAAGUAAGUUCUGUAUGGAUUUAGGGGUACACUAUCCAUACUAAUAGUUAGCACAUAUCUAUUGCCGCACAAUACUUAAGUUAUGUCUGUAUUUGUGCUUUCCUAUCCAAUUGACAAUUAGACUGCAAAAUAAAAAAAAACAUAAAGAAGUUGGUACCUAUGAGAGAAGUUUUCCCCUUUAGGGUGGCAGUUGUUCAAAGGCUGAUUAGUUACUUUUCAUUGAUUUUUUUUUUUUUUGCGUUGAUCUACUAUAAUAUUUUUAUCAAAAUAUCUCAAUUUAGUGAACCAUAGUGAAUUGUUUUAGAUUUGUCUAGAUGAGCUGAACUCCCAAACAAACCCACACUUGGAUGUAAAAUUGUGCAGGUAAAGGUGAUUCUGUGUAGCUUUGCUUUGUCAUCAGAAUAUCUGCUUUCAGUGUGCCAGUUCUAUUUGCUCAACUCCAUGAAGCAUGACUGAGUAUGAGGUGCAACACUGUUGUGUUGAAUAUUGCUCCAUAAUGUGUAUGGCUUGUCUGUAUCUCUGUGAUUUUUCAAAUGUGUAGGUGUGAAAGGAAUGUCAUGGUGCUUUCUAAGCAGUGUUGAUUGAGCUCACUCAUGGUUGUUAUGAGACAGUAAGAAGACAGUUUGCAACUAGUAGCUAACUUGUUAGCUAGUUAGCUAUAUAUUUUUAAAUAUAUGCAGCACCACUGUUCUAGAAUGAGAUGGGUCCAUUCUCCUUGUAAGGGAUGUAACCAGAUUAAACAGCUCUUAUCAUUCCAGUCAAAGCUGUCAUUUGAAUGUUUGGAGAGGUCACCUUGUGCUUAUUUUGAUGUGCAUUUUUCAUUUGGCUGUUUUGUGUCCAGUCUUGGCAAGAGACUCUUUGCUCACGAUUUGGAAAUGAACACUUCCUUGUCUGUUAUGUUUUGUGUAUGUAUUUACUAUUGUGAGGCCUUGUUAGCUAUUAAGUCUUAAAUAUGAUGUAAAUAUCUUUGUCUUCUAAAAUGACAUUAAUGCCUAUGCACAUCACUUCAAACAUCACUUUUAACAUGAAUCUCUUCAGCUGUAGAAAGUGCAUUUUUGUAUGUCAGUCAUAAGGUUCUGUUAUAGAGGAAUACCAUUUCCAUUUGCAGCAGUACCUCUUACCAUCAUUAGCUUGCAGUUGUGUUCUUUUUUUUUUUUCAACUUUCAUUUUGUGAUUUGUUCACUUAUUUUAUGUUUGCUUGAUUAUUAUUUUCUUAUUGUGAUGCAAAGUUUUUUGACUGCACAAAUUUGUCUGUGAUUGCUCAAGAAAACAAAUGAUAGCAUCUUUCCUGUUAUCUGUUCAUUUUUUUUUUCUUGAAACUUAUUGAUAUUUUGAUACCAAAAGUACACUAUGGAUGUAACUAUCUUGUUGUGACUACAAACCAGCUUUCAUUUUCUGUUUUCCCAUUGCUUUGUUAAGUUCUUCAUUGAAUCAGUUUCAUUGUCCUCCCCAUUUUUAAAACCUUUGGGACUCCUGAAUCUAUAGAUGUAUAGGUGUAAGGAUAGUUCUUCCCUGGAGGGCAUGUAUGUUUUACCAUCACCUACAAAUAUGCAUAUCUAUCUCAUGACUAUCUAUUUAUUUGUGAAAUUUCAUGUUAUUACUGUAUCUGACGUCCUCAAUAAUAUAUAUUAGAACAAAUGUUCGGUUGUAAGGUAGCAUAUUCAUUUGAGUAUUUUGGAAGAAUCCUGGAUGACGUGUUGUGAUUUUUUUUCUAUUCAUAGUUCAUUUAUUUGUGGUCUAUGCUGACCACUGUCACAAUCUAUCCCUCAGCUUUAAAUAAUUGGUCUUAAUUUGAUUUUAUUGGCCUGCCUUCCCAUCAAGUUGUAAAAGCAGUAAAGUUGAAGAGAUUUCUUUUCCUGUCACAAAUCAAGUAGUUUCAAACGAAUUGUGAAAAAUGGUGCUCUUGUUCACAAGGGAAAAGUUUAUGAUCAACCCUCUCUAAUAUGGUUGUGAUUGUAUGCUUUUCACCUUGCGGUUUAAAUCAUUAUGUUGCAUUUUACAGUUACUAUAUGCUUCUAGAUAAAAAUUUAAAAAUGGCAUUUAUUAGAUUCCACACAAGUGUCUUACUUGCAACUGUAGAAUUUCUUGUUUGUCAAAGCUGUUUCUUACCUAGAUAUAAGAAAAUUUCUCAACAAAUUGACCCUCUUGAGUUGUAUUACCUAUCAUACCUAGUCAAUCAUGACUUGGCAAAACUGUCAAAGAUUCAUGUAAAACUAUUAUAAAACUGUUUAUUUUUAAAAAAUAUAAUGUUUUAUAUUA